UCCUACCCACGCACAUUAUCAUGUCGGAGCUCAGAUUCGAUGAUCGCGUUGUUCUCGUCACUGGAGCUGGCAAUGGACUGGGUAAAGAAUAUGCUCUGAUGUUUGCUGAAAGAGGAGCAUCAGUUGUUGUGAAUGAUCUAGGAGGCGAUAUCAAAGGUGAAGGGAAGAGUAGUCGUGCUGCUGAUGUGGUUGUAAAUGAAAUCAGAUCAAAGGGAGGCAAAGCUGUGGCAAACUAUGAUUCUGUUGAAGAUGGUGAGAAAGUUGUGAAGACUGCUUUGGAUAACUUUGGAAGAAUUGACGUGGUUGUCAAUAAUGCCGGUAUUCUCAGAGACCGUUCAUUUGCAAGAACAAGUGACCUUGAUUGGGAUUUGAUCCAUAGGGUCCAUCUGCGGGGGUCAUUUCAGGUCACGAGAGCAGCUUGGCCACACAUGAAGAAACAAAAAUAUGGUAGAAUUAUUAUGACUUCCUCUGGGGCUGGUUUGUAUGGUAACUUUGGUCAGGCCAAUUACAGCGCAGCAAAGCUGGGUCUUAUUGGAUUAGCCAACACUCUUGCAAUAGAAGGUGAAAAAUACAAUAUACAUACCAACACCGUUGUGCCGAUGGCCGGAUCAAGGUUGACUGCAACCGUCAUGCCUCAAUAUAUGAUUGAUGCAUUGAAGCCAGAGUACAUCGCUCCAUUAGUAGUGUUUAUGUGUCAUGAAAGCUGUGAUGAAAACCAUACAAUAUUUGAAUGUGGUGCUGGAUGGGCGGCACAGGUACGACUCCAACGAAGCAAAGGUGCAAUUUAUAAAAAGAAGAACUUAGCAGCAACCCCAGAGCAGGUUCGAGACAGUUGGAACAAUAUCACUGACUUCACAGAUGCUGACAUUCCAACUACAAUCCAAGAGAGUACUGGCUUAGCAAUGCAAGCUCUAUCGGUGGAUGAAAACAAUGAAAGAUCCAUAAAACCCAACAAUACAUCAGCUGUCAAUGUUAGUCAAGCCAUUGGACAUACACAGAAGUCACCCAACUUUACUUAUGGACCUGACAAUAUUAUUCUAUAUGCACUUGGAGUUGGGGUCUCAACCAAAGAUGAGGACUAUUUGAAAUUCUUAUUUGAAGGCAGUGAUGAAUUCUGUGUAUUGCCAACAUUUGCUGUGAUUCCUGCAUUUGCUGCUAUGACAGGUGGAUUUACCAAUGUUCCUGGCCUUGAUAUAGAUCCCACCAAGAUUCUCCAUGGAGAACAGUAUUUGGAACUCCAUAAACCAUUGGCCACAGAAGGAACGUUGCAUUCUGAAUCCACCGUGGUUGAUAUAUUAGACAAGGGAUCUGGUGCUUUGAUUAUUCUCAAUAUUAAAACAUUUGAUGAAGGGAAUGAACUUGUAGCAACCACCCAGUUUGGCAGCUUUGUUGUUGGUGCUGGUGGAUUUGGUGGGAAGAGAAAUUCAGAUAAAGCCAUGGGUCAAUCUAUUUUUGACAUGUACCCAAGACCUGAAAUUAGUCUGGAGCUAGAACCACUAUGCUGCUUGAAAGAAAUUUCAUAUUGCUCACAAAAUAAGAUCAACAGUUUCAUUCAGCAACAUAAAUUGAUGGUUACAGAACAUACAUUGAUGGUUACAGAACAUAAAUUGACGGUUACAGAACAUAAAUUGAUGGUUACAGAACAUAUAUUGAUGGUUACAGAACAUAAAUUGAUGGUUACAGAACAUAAAUUUAUGGUUACAGAACAUAAAUUGACGGUUACAGAACAUAAAUUGACGGUUACAGAACAUAAAUUUAUGGUUACAGAACAUAAAUUUACGGUUACAGAACAUAAAUUGAUGGUUACAGAACAUACAUUGAUGGUUACAGAACAUAAAUUGAUGGUUACAGAACAUACAUUGAUGGUUACAGAAGAUAAAUUUAUGGUUACAGAACAUACAUUGAUGGUUACAGAACAUAAAUUUAUGGUUACAGAACAUAAAUUGAUGGUUACAGAACAUAAAUUUAUGGUUACAGAACAUGAAUUGAUGGUUACAGAACAUACAUUGACGGUUACAGAACAUAAAUUUAUGGUUACAGAACAUACAUUGAUGGUUACAGAACAUAAAUUUAUGGUUACAGAACAUAAAUUGAUGGUUACAGAACAUAAAUUGACGGUUAUAGAACAUAAAUUGAUGGUUACAGAACAUAAAUUGACGGUUACAGAACAUAAAUCGACGGUUACAGAACAUAAAUUGACGGUUACAGAACAUAAAUUGAUGGUUACAGAACAUAAAUUGACGGUUACAGAACAUAAAUUGAUGGUUACAGAACAUAAAUUGACGGUUAUAGAACAUAAAUUGAUGGUUACAGAACAUAAAUUGAUGGUUACAGAACAUAAAUUGACGGUUAUAGAACAUAAAUUGAUGGUUACAGAACAUAAAUUGACGGUUACAGAACAUAAAUCGACGGUUACAGAACAUAAAUUGAUGGUUACAGAACAUAAAUUGACGGUUAUAGAACAUAAAUUGACGGUUACAGAACAUAAAUUGACGGUUACAGAACAUAAAUUGAUGGUUACAGAACAUAAAUUGAUGGUUACAGAACAUAAAUUGACGGUUACAGAACAUAAAUUGAUGGUUACAGAACAUAAAUUGACGGUUAUAGCACAUAAAUUGACGGUUAUAGAACAUAAAUUGACGGUUACAGAACAUAAAUUGAUGGUACGCUUUGCUAAGACGGUGCUACCUGGUCAGACUAUUAAGACAGAGAUGUGGAAAGAAGGCAACAGAAUUCAUAUGCAGUGUAAGGUUGGUGAGACUGGUGAGGUCUGCUUAUCUGGUGCUUACAUUGAUUUGAUUGGGACUGCUGCAGCUGGAACAUCUGCUACCUCACAGGUAACAAGUAGUAGUCCUAUUGAUAUGAUCUUUCAAGAAAUGGGAAAGCGUAUGAAUGAUUUUCCAGAUUUGAUCAAGAAAGUUAAAGGAGUGUAUUUAUACAGGAUGACUGAUGGAAAGAAUCCAGUGGCUGAAUACACUGUUGAUUUGAAGACUGGUAAUGGAGAAGUAUAUAAAGGAUCACCAAAACAGGGUAAACCUGAUGUCACGGUAACCAUGGCAGAACAGCAUUUCACAGAUCUGAUGACACAAAAACUUAACCCUCAACAGGCAUUCUUUCAAGGAAAGCUAAAAGUAUCUGGUAAUGUCGGGUUGCUGAUGAAAGCAGGACAGCUGUUCCAGAAACAUGCUCCUAAGCUAUAAAACCAAAUUGAAGAAGAAAGGAAGAUAAAUAUUGUCAGUGGAAACAUAAAAUAAAAACUGUCGUACAGAUUACUUAUUUGGCAGCAAUUUAUAAGAAAUCAAUAACG